CGGUUUAAUAAUUAGGGCCUCCACUCCGGGUCGUUCGUAAACCUCCCUUGGACCCUGCUACACGGAGCCCUGCGAUCACUUCACUCCCUCUCCUGCUUCCUCCUCGUUGUUGUGCGGGAGGGUAACGCUGAAGCAGCUCGAUGGCGCUGGCGUUCGACGAGUAUGGCCGACCUUUCAUCAUCAUUAAAGAGCAGGAACAGAAAAGGCGGUUGCGGGGACUUGACGCGCAGAAGGCCAACAUCAAUGCCGGCAAAGCCGUUGCACGUAUCCUCCGCACCUCCCUCGGCCCUAAAGGCAUGGACAAGAUGCUUCAGAGCCCGGAUGGUGAUGUCACCAUCACAAAUGAUGGUGCGACAAUAUUGGAGCAGAUGGACGUGGACAAUCAGAUAGCAAAGCUAAUGGUUGAAUUGUCCCGGAGUCAAGACUAUGAAAUUGGUGAUGGUACUACUGGGGUUGUUGUAAUGGCUGGUGCACUUUUAGAGCAAGCUGAGAAGCUGCUUGAACGUGGCAUUCAUCCUGUCAGAGUCGCAGAGGGAUAUGAAAUGGCAUCACGGAUAGCUGUUGAACACCUUGAGCACAUUGCACACAAAUUUGAUUUCAGUGUGACCAAUAUUGAACCUCUUGUGCAAACUUGCAUGACAACAUUAUCAUCAAAGAUAGUCAAUCGUUGCAAGAAAAGUUUAGCAGAAAUAGCUGUUAAAGCUGUACUAGCAGUUGCAGAUUUAGAGAGAAAAGAUGUCAAUUUGGAUCUGAUUAAGGUGGAAGGAAAAGUUGGAGGAAAGCUGGAAGAUACUGAACUCAUAUAUGGAAUCAUUGUUGACAAGGAUAUGAGCCAUCCUCAGAUGCCCAAAAGAAUUGAAGAUGCAAAAAUUGCUAUUUUGACCUGCCCAUUUGAGCCACCCAAGCCAAAGACAAAGCAUAAGGUGGACAUUGACACUGUGGAGAAGUUUCAGACUUUAAGACAGCAAGAGCUCAAGUAUUUUGAUGACAUGGUCCAAAAAUGUAAGGAUGUUGGCUCUACUCUGGUGAUUUGCCAGUGGGGUUUUGAUGAUGAGGCAAAUCACUUAUUGAUGCAUCGCAACUUGCCUGCUGUUAGAUGGGUUGGAGGUGUAGAAUUAGAACUGAUUGCAAUUGCUACAGGUGGCAGGAUUGUUCCUAGAUUCCAGGAGUUGACACCAGAAAAGCUGGGAAGGGCUGGUCUAGUUAGAGAAAAGUCAUUUGGGACUACGAAGGACCGGAUGUUAUAUAUUGAGCAAUGUGCAAACUCCAGAGCUGUGACAAUAUUCAUUCGAGGAGGUAAUAAAAUGAUGAUCGAGGAAACAAAGCGCAGUCUCCAUGAUGCACUUUGUGUAGCAAGGAAUCUCAUUCGUAACAAUUCCAUUGUAUAUGGCGGUGGAUCUGCUGAAAUUUCUUGUUCGAUUGCUGUUGAUGCUGCUGCAUAUAGAUAUCCAGGAGUGGAGCAGUAUGCAAUUAGAUCCUUUGCUGAAGCUCUAGAUUUAAUCCCAAUGGCUCUUGCGGAGAACAGUGGCCUCCAACCUAUAGAAACGGUGUCCGCGGUAAAAUCUCAGCAAAUUAAGGAGAAUACUCCUUUCUAUGGCAUCGACUGCAAUGAUGUUGGUACGAACAACAUGCAAGAACAAAACGUCUUUGAGACACUGAUUGGGAAACAGCAGCAGAUCUUACUUGCAACGCAGGUUGUCAAGAUGAUUCUCAAGGUUGAUGAUGUGAUUUCUCCUUCCGAGUACUAACUAAACCAAAAAUUUUCCUGCGUUUCUUCCCGUUUCUUGGCUUUCCUUCUGUUGCUGUAGUCUUAUUUCUGUGCGGCCUGCAAGAAUUGUCUUAUUGUUACAUUUAUUUUACAUUGUUUUGGAGAAGGUGUUAUGCUCAUCUCAAACUAAGCAAGAAUUUCUUUUUAUUAAAACAAUUUUAAU